GUAAUCGAUAUUUGGAACGAUCCGCCCAUAUUUGUAACUUUGGCCUUUAAAUCUGCUUCUCCCCUUGUUUUCUUUUUUAGACCAAAACUCUUCUAAAGAGUCUUACUCGUUUAUUUUGGGUACGAACGGAGAAACAAAAGUGCUACAUGCUAAAUUGUUAAGCCGGAUUCAGCGAAAAGCUUGGACGGAGCACCGCUCGAAACCUCGACGUCAACUGCCGCGUGUGGCCGCAUUGGGAUCACUCGUCGUUGGGUUAGAGUCGCUGCUAUGGACCGAGCUGCAACGGUGGAGCACUAUAAGGCGGCCAUGUUGCUGAGUGGUGCAGGUGAUGCUCUGGGCUACAGGAAGCAGCUGUGGGAGUACAAUGAGUCAGGACCUGCCAUUCAUAAGGAGCUUGAGGAGCUUGGCGGGUUAAAGAACAUCAAAGCCGAACUCCCUGAUUGGCCGGUAAGCGACGACACCGUCCUCCACCUCGCCACGGCUGACGGUCUCGCCACUGGGAAGACGGGGGAGGAGCUCCUGCAUGAGGUGGCUGCUCGCUACGUGGAGGGCAUGAAAGAUAUGGAAGGGAGGAAACCAGGACCCUCCAGCAUUCUGGGAGUGUCCCAGCUGAGGCCUGGUGAGGAGGGGGGCUGCAGAGUUCCAUACAACCCUGAGGGCACAGGCUGUGGAGCCGCCAUGAGAUCUAUGUGCAUUGGUCUGAGAUAUCCAAAGCCUGACCAGCUGUUGUCCUUGGUGGCGGUUGCCGUGGAAACAGGCAGAAUGACCCACCCUCACCCCACGGGUUUUCUGGGAGCCGUCGCCUCAGCACUUUUCGCCGCGUACGCCAUUCAACGCCGGCCAAUCACCACUUGGGGCGUGGGCCUGAUCAACGAGGCCUGUCCAAUCGCUAGGAGCUUUGUUCAGCAUCGAGGCUUCGCUGUGGAGGAAGUGGAGAGAGAUUGGAGCUACUUCUGCGACAAGUGGCAGUGGUACCUGGACACCAGGGGUAUCUCUAACGGAGUGGGGCCAGUCAUAUGGCCCUCUUCAUACGGCCCGGCCGAGCGGGACGAAGUAUACAAGGGUUUCAGCCUGGCGGGAUGGGCAGGCCGGAGCGGUCACGACGCUCCCAUGAUUGCACUGGAUGCCCUGCUGGGGGCGGGAUCAGACUGGGAGGAGCUGAUGAGCAGGGCGGGCUUCCAUGGAGGUGACAGCGACAGCACUGCUGUGAUCGCCUGCUGCUGCUGGGGUCUUCUCUACGGCACCCAGGGGGUCCCUGAAGGCAACUACAGCAACCUGGAGUACCGUGAUCGACUGGAGCGCAGUGGAGAGAUGCUCUACUCCCUGUCACACUGAGGUGUCCCAACACUGACAUGAAAGUAGGCCACAUGUUGACAUAGGACGAGUGGGGACUGUCACUCACUCACUCUCUGUGUGUGCGUGCGUGCGUGCAUGCAUGCUAUAUUUGCCUGAAGGGGACACAAUGUCCCACUGACCCACAGAGGAGUCACAACAAGGACAAAUGUCACAUGUUAUCACACAGUGGUUGUUGUAUCUAAAGGGAGACCCCUAGUGACUAUUUGAAAUAACCAUGUAUUGCUUUGGAGUGGAACCAAUUCAGGCUAAUGUGAAUGUGAGGAUGUAAUUACAUGGUUUUGAUGACAAAUUGUGCGUAAUAUGCAUACUCCUGCAGAGUCACUGUGACACAUUAAAUAACUACAUAAUAAACUAUAGGAACACAGUGUGUAGUUAAGUUGAAAACUUUAUUUUUUGGUCAUUAUGUUUUUAAUUAUUUUUUUUGUCUUGUCCAUUUUUUAUUUUAUUUGACUAAAGAGAAGAGUGACUUUGAACUACUGGGGCGAGUUAAAAGAAAUUGUUAAAAACCCCACCCUCUCCUCUUCAAAUACGUCCUGUCAUGUCCUGCUUCUCGCUGUCAACAAACCUCUUCAAGCACUUUGCUGAUUUGUCCUCGACUGGUCCAAGCUGGCAAGGUGCCCCGUGCCUCUGAGAAAAGGAAGAAGUUGAAGAGAAGAGAAGGAUUGUUGUUCUGCCAUCUUCAUCUGCUUGUCUUAAAAAAAGGUCCUCUGCUUCAGGGGCCAAUGAACAGCAGAAGAAGAUAAAGGUGCUAUGAGUCUUUGUCCUCUCCCCGCUGCACUUUUCUGUCAGUCUUGUUUUUUAUGUUCAGUCACUUCAGUGGGGAUGUCUGCGCUCAUUUCUGGGAACAUCUUUAGGAGGAUGGGAAUGGAGAAGCCUAGUUUCCAGGUGGAUGGAAGGUGGCGGGGUGUGUCUGGACCUGCAUUGCUGUGAGCAGUAAAGGAGGAAAAAAUGUUUACAUUUUUACAUUCUGAGCCAUACAUUUCACAGGUGUUGUUCCUACCUGGCGGAUGUCCUAUGUAAAAGUGUUGGUGUGUUCCUUGCUGUGGGCCAUGCUGCGGGUGUUGGGGCACUGAGCCAGGCCCCUGCUGAGGGGGAGGCUGGAGCAUCACUAACUGGGGUUGACCGUGGCUCCCUGAAUGGUGGGGACCUGACAUGGCUCCUUGUACAUGGGCCUGACCGAGAGAAACAAACUUAUUGUCACGCACAAUUGCCUUUUCAAUUAUGUUUGCACAGUAAUGUCACGAGUGUCCCUAGAGCCCGUUUGUGAACACCAAACAUGAGAACAAUCUAUCAUCUCCCUCACUUAGAGGCGCUCAAACGGAAGUUUCAAGUUGCACAUUUUCAUGACAUCCAUGAAAAACCUUCCUCAUUGACUGAUGAAUGAAUGAUCCAGUCCUCAGCUGGAUGAGCAGGCAUUACAACACAUCUUUAAAGCAGAGUAGCACCAGUUCAGUCCACACCCAGUAUAAUAUAAGAAAAAACAAAAAACAAACAAAAAAAAUACUGGAAAUUAAGGUAAUAACAGACAGUAAAUUCCUACCUGUGCUAGCUGACCCAAGGGGUAUGUGGGGGGGAUGCCCUGGUGGCCGUGGAUGCUGUAUCCUUGAAUGGGGUAGGAGCCCUGUGGUGACGUGUGGCCUGGUGGCAUGUUAGGAGGAGUGGGUGCUGACAGUGGACCUGAGUGGUACAAGGACUGGGGCUGUGGGCCUGAUUGGGUGUUCUGAAAGCAGAGAUCAGGCACUCAGUCAGCAUUUUUUACUCAUAUUAUUGUUAUUUAAACAUGGGCUGGAGACUCAGACAAUGAGUGUUUUUUUUAUAUACAUACAUACAUAUAAAUAUCCAAUAGAAAUAAUAUCCACAGUCCGUCAUGAUUUGGGGUGCAAUGUCCGGUGCAGGUGUUGGUAAACUGCUUUUUUAAAUCCAAGGUCACCGCAACAGUCUACCAGAAUGUUUUAGAGGACUUCAUGAUUUCUUCUGCUGAGGAUCUGUAUGGAGAUGCAGAUUUCAUCUUCCAGCAGGACCUGGCCCCUGCCCAUACAGCCAGAAGCACCAAAACCUGGUUUGAUGCCCAUGCCAUCACAGUGCUUGACUGGCCAGCCAACUCACCGGACCUAAACCCCAUUGAGAAUCUAUGGGGUAUUCUCAAGAGGAAAAUGAGGGGCACCAGACCCAACAACAAAGAAGAGCUGACAGCAAGCAUCAAGGAAAUCUGGGCUUCCAUAACUCCCAGGCAAUGCCACAUGCCGCGUGACAUUGAGGCAGUGAUUAAGGCAAAGGGAUUCCCAACCAAGUAUUUAAGAUUGUCAGGUCGUU